AGUAUAUUAAAACACGCGGAAAUCAAUCUGCAAACCAUGUAAAUAAUUAAAUUGUAGUAGAAAUGAAUGACCUUUGGAACUUAGAUAUGCAAAAUGCCAAAACCCUUAUUAGGGAUGCAAACGAACACGCAACAUUAUACACAUCGCAGAUGGACAAAAAUGAGAAAAGAAAGUACAUCCCCGUUAUAAGAGCAAAAGUCACAUCACUCAAAAAGACCGUUAAUAGUUUGGAAUCGAUGAUACGGGGCAUUGACACGGAAAAUAUGGAUCCAGAAAUAUUAUCGAGCAGGCGUCGCGACCUUGACGAUACAGUAUGUGCUCUGAAAUCCCUAGAGUUGCUAUUAAGAAAUUCUUCAAGUUCUGAGUUUCCCAGUACAUCCUACUACGACCUACCAAGGGAUAAUGAAGAUUUGAACACGUUUUCAAAUUCUGAGCUCGUGGAUUAUAGAGAUACAAUGAUUAAAAUGCAAGAUGACGAACUCGAUCUUCUCGACACAAAUGCUAGCGCAAUAAAGAACAUUAGUUCCAGUAUUAGAGAUGAGGUCAACCUUCAUACAAGGCUGCUGGGUGAAGUUAAUACAUCUAUGGAUGUAACUCAAUCCCUGGUAACUCGCAAUAGAGAACGCUUCAACGAGGUCAUACGCAAGAGCAGCAAAAAAUUUCUCAUGUUUAUUAUUGUUCUAUUGGUGGUAAUUUUACUCCUAGUAUCCCUUCUUCUUUGAGGAAAUAUUACCUUUCAUCAGUUUCAUUUUAAAUUUUUAACAAUUGAACACUCUACUAGGGCCGUUCA